AUGGGUGUGCAACUGGUAAUCUCGUUGUACACGAUCAUGCUGUCGCCGGCGUUCGUGCUCUUCAUCAAGCUGGUAUCCGGAGAUCCGUUACGAAUAAUAUUAUUCGCGCUAGGCGCGUUCUUCUGGUUGCUAGCCCUCCUCGGUUCCGGUAUCUUCUGGUUUGCGGUGUGGCCGCUGCGCGACUGGAUGAGCUUGAGCCUAUGUGUAAUGGUCAUUACACAGGAACUGGCCCGUAUCGCUCUCUUCCACGUGAUCAAAAAGGCACAACACGGCUUCAAUCAAAUGGCCCACGAGACGCGGGAGCUGCGGCAAGCUGGCGGAAAUGCGCCCGUGGUUCGAGUGACCCCACCGGCAUUCCAUGAUCUUCACAAUGCGCGUCACUUGCUGGCUGUCGUCACGGGGUUGGGCCAAGGUGUUGUCGCCGCGCUCUUCAUGAAUAUGAACAUAUUUGCUGCGUUGUCGGGGCCGGGCAGUAUUGGGUUGCCGUAUCUUCUAAAUCGGGACUCAACUAAAUAUUUCAUGGAGCCGGACCGCACGGUUCCGUACUAUUUCGCCAUCUGCGGAAUGUUCGUCACACUUCUGAACGCAAUGUGGUCCAUACAGAUCUGGGACUCGUGCCACAAGUUCUACUACCGGCCGCAGCACUGCAAGUGGUACGAAGGCGCCGUCGUUGCCAUUCUCACACACUUGGCCUUGAGUGGAAUGUCGUUCAUGAACCGCAACGGCUACCAACUGCCGUACCUAGCCAUCCAGCUCUUCUUCUUCUUCGGAAUCUUCCUCCACGUCAACAAACUGAUGGGCGGCAACUUUGGAUCGUUCUUGGCAUGGGUCUACUUCAUGUUCCGCGAUUGGGUGAAGCUGCUCUGGCUCCGACAGCAGUACUGCAAACUCAUGGGAAAGCCGCUGCCCGAGGCGUCGCCGCGCGGAGAAGACCAAGAGAUGGUAAAUAUCCGCCUCCAUCACGAGACUCGUGCGGAACGUAGGCGCCAACUGGGACCGCCGAUUGAAUGC